UCAUUAACUUCAUUUACAAAUAGAUAUUUAUACACACAAGAGAGAAAUAGGAUGACAUCAACCAAUACAGCAGGCACAAGUGCCUCGAUGUCUGGUGCACAGUACUUCAACUAUGUAGAGGAGGAUGAGGAGGCAGGCUGGGAUGCUUUGUUUGCAAACAAUGAGGAUGGCGAGGAGAAUGAUCGUGAGGACAGAGGCGCAGCCUACCAAUCAAUGCGUGACUGUAUCAUCUUUCUAAUCGAUGCCUCGCCUCCCAUGUUUGAGCGUGAUCCCAUCACCAAAGAGCGAGCCUUUGACAAUGCCAUCAAGUGUCUCAUUCAAACAAUCACAGACAAGAUCAUCACAAGUGACAGUGACCUCAUUGGUCUAUGUCUCUAUGGUACUGACAAGAACAAGAACUUGAAUGACUUUGAGAAUAUAUAUGUUAUGUUCGAUCUUGAUAUACCUGAUCCAAAGACUAUAUUGCUGUUGGAAGAUAUACUGGAAGCAGACUACUCAUCAUUUGGAGGCAGCACAACAAAGGAGUUUGCAUUCUGUGAUGCACUCUGGACAUGCUCAUCAAUGUUCUCAAACUG